UGAUGAAUCACUCCUCCUUGGACACCACUAUGACAUUCACUUCAUAUGGAUCCUUCCGCCCAAUCAAUUACUUCUUUUUCACUCUCACUCUUCUUGUUUACCUCCUCUCAAUUUUUUCAAAUGUCUUUCUGAUGCUGCUUAUCUACUUUGAUUCCAGCCUGCACAAACCCAUGUACAUUUUUUUGUUUAACUUGGCAGUAAAUGGACUGAUAGGGGGCUUUGCCAUUUGGCCAAAAAUCAUGGAAAACCUUCUUUCAGAGACUCAAAAUAUCUCUUUCCUAGCUUGUGUAGUUCAAAUUUUUUGGUGCCAUUUCUACAUUGCCUCUGCUUAUGCCACUUUCUCAGUCAUGGCCUACGACCGAUACGUCUCCAUUUGCAAGCCUUUGCAGUACCACAGCAUCAUGACACCCGGAAAAGUGAAAACACUGUUGACUGCGGCCAACGUUGUUCCUCUCGUCUCUAUAUCUAUCCUAGCAUAUCUGAUAUCCACACUUCCCCUGUGCAAUUACACCCUUCAAAACCUGUUCUGUGAUGUCAUGACACUCCAUAACCUCUCUUGUGUGAAAAGCGCUCUGGCUAAUCUGUACAGUCUUUGCUUGGCUACAGGCUUAGUUGGUUUCCCUUGUAUUAUUGUCCUGCUCUCAUAUGCAGUGAUCCUCAAUGUGAGUCUGAAAGCCUCAAAAGAUGCACAAAAGAAAGCACUCAGCACAUGUUCUCCUCAUUUAAUCACCUUCGUUAAUUUCGGGGUGGCUACUCUUUUUUUUGCGAUUUACAACAGGUACAGUUCUUUUCUACCCAGAGAGGUUUAUGUAUUAAUAACUGCAGAUUGGUUUGCAAUUCCCCCUCUGUUGAAUCCAAUUAUAUAUGGGAUCAGAACACAGGAGAUCAGGAAAUGUGUUGUAAAAACUGUGAGGAAAAAGGAGAGAUUUUUCAGGAACUUUUAGCAUGUAUACUGUUUAGUUUAGGCUGCAAUCAGAUACAAUUAAUCUGCUUUUCAAGAACUAAAUCAAUUAGGGACCAAAAUUUACAAAAUAAAGCAUAGAUGUCCAGAUAAAGUUCUGGAACAAACUGUGCUGGAUGAGAUGAAUGAAUAUAAAAUGAUUCAUACCAAUUUCAAGCCAGAUAAUCUGCAGUAUCUUGAUGUUUUGGAGUGCAGUUUUGUCCACAUUACAAAGAAGACCCCAACACAAAAAAUGAAAAGGCUUUUCUUAUGCUACUGUUUCCACCAGGAUCGAUGCAGUACAAAGUCUAAUUGUCAUAUUACAAUACAUUUAUGGUCAGCAAACAGUAUUUAUUCUUAUGAUUAUGAUUUGUCUGUGACACCUGCCCAUCUCCCUGUCAUUCUCUGAUUUUUCACCUCUGGUGCCUGUGCAUAUAAUCUGAAUUUGUUAAUGCCACACUCUAAAAGCUAGGAAGUGUAUUUUAAAAUUUAUUUGAUCAUGUAUGAACCCCGUAUAAUGCCAGCCUUUAACGGUAGAAAAUAUUUUGGUGUCAUUGUGCAGUAUUAAUGACCUCUGAAGUAUAAUGUGUGCUGCUGUAACAGAACAAAGAAAUGAAUGUGCACUCGGUAAUGCGUAAGUGUGCGGCAUAGUUUGGCUUGUUUUUAAUCUCAUGUAUGCAUUUCAGUUGAAUUGAUAUUAUUAUGCUUUUGUAAAUAAAAUCUUUAAAAGUUUUAAAUUCAUGUUUGUUUGUUUGUUUGUUUGUUGUUGUUUUUAAUCUCAUGGUCACAUUUCAGUUGAUUUUGUUAUUCUUUUGUAAAUAAAAAUAAAUGUUUGUUUGU